CACAAAUAUCUGAGCAGGAGUCAGUGCUGGUAUGCUGUCACUCCAAGCAGCCUACCGAGUGCUUAAAUCCGAGCCCGUCUCCAAACAUUUUUCUGCUCUAUCCUGAAAUAUAGUGCGCGUUUUAUCAGGGAAUCCAGGAAUACUUGGCUGGCCACUUGGGAGGAUGAACUGGAAUUCCGCUGUUUGUCUCUCUUGGGGUUGAUUUAUCUUCACAUCGUGAUCAUGUCUCCAGUCUACUCGUCCCCUAAAUACGCAACUGGCUCCACCCUCUUGAGCCCUUACAGUUCCUACGACCCCUGCGAUCCCACUCUGGCAUAUAUAGUGCGAGGUCAACCCCAGCUUUCCAGGUAUGCACCCUCCACCUCCCGUUAUCUGAGCCCCAGCCCAUGCCUAGCCCGAGGGGUCCUGUUUUUCCCUCAGGAGCCCGAACGUGGGCGAGCGGCGCUGCAUUCAGAGCCUCACGUCGGCCGCUAUAGUGAAAGCUACAGCAGGUUGCAGGUUAAAGGUCAGCUACCACGAAUUAACAGGCCUAGGGGUCGUUCGCCUUCGAGGAAUGGAUAUACAUGCAUGUCUCCACUAUCAAGGCAGCGCAGGUCGGUCAGUCAGUCAGAUCUAAUGCGAGAACUGGCCACGCUGGAGAUCUGUGACCAAGGAGCAGUGGAAAGAACGGUGUACGCGGUCAAAGAGAGCGCCAUCAGGGGACGGACAGAUUACUCAGGGCCUCUCUACUGGACCUCAGAGAACUCAAAGAAUGCUCAGGGUCUGGUGGGUCUCAGGAAUCUCGGAAAUACUUGUUUCAUGAACUCCAUCCUGCAGUGUCUGAGCAACACUCAUGACCUGAGGGACUACUGUCUGCGUAACACACACCGCACCGACCUCAACAACAACUGCAGGGCCAAAGCUGCGCUGAUGGACGAGUUUGCCAAGCUCACUCAGACCAUUUGGACGUCAGCUAGCAAUGAGGCCAUCAGCCCUUCUGACUUUAAAAUGCAGAUUCAGAAAUACGCCCCUCGAUUUGUUGGUUACAAUCAGCAGGACGCUCAGGAGUUCUUGCGCUUUCUACUGGAUGGGCUCCAUAAUGAAGUAAACCGAGUGACGGUGAAAUCCAGAGCACCCGUGGAGGAUCUUGAUCACCUCUCGGAGGACGAGAAAGGCAAGCGAAUGUGGAACAAGUACCUGGAGAGCGAGGACAGCAAAGUAGUCGAUCUGUUCGUCGGUCAACUCAAAAGCUCAUUGACGUGCAGCGAGUGUGGGUUCUGCUCAACUGUAUUCGAUCCGUUCUGGGAUCUGUCUCUGCCUAUAGCUAAGACUUCAGGAGAAGUAAGUUUGAAUGAUUGUCUUCGGCUUUUCACCAAGGAGGAUGUACUUGAUGGGAAUGAGAGACCAACAUGCCACAGAUGUAAAACCAGACGGAAAUGCACGAAAAAGUUCACCAUUCAGAAAUUUCCCAAAAUCCUGGUGCUUCAUCUAAAGCGUUUCUCGGAGUGUCGGGUCAGAACCAGCAAACUCUCCACAUUUGUAAACUUCCCUCUCAAAGAGCUGGACCUCAGGGAAUUCGCCUCUGAUAACAGCGUAAAUGCAGUGUAUAAUCUGUAUGCCGUGUCCAAUCACACUGGUACAUCAUUGGGUGGUCAUUAUACAGCGUACUGCCGCAGUCCCUGUACAGGAGAAUGGUACACAUACAAUGACUCCAGGGUGAGCCCCAUGUCGUCCAGCCAGGUGUGCAGCAGCGACGCUUACGUGCUCUUCUACGAGUGUGCGACCUCCUCGCGCAUGUGAUUCAACCCGAAACGGAAACAAACUCUUCUGCUGCUGUCGAACUCAAUCUCAGUCAGGGUCUAAAUGCUUGAAGGACCAUGGGAAUUUACAAACCAAGGCCAGACAUGCAUACUGGAACUGAACGACAGUCACGGCCUACGAAGCCUGGGACUAGAGUUUUAAGUCUAACCCAAAUCGAGCUUCAGCGUAAGGGCUCCUCCAUCAAUCACUCCCCCUGAAAGAGGCUGCUGCUCUGGGGAUGGAUUUAACAAACGGAAGUGGACAAAGACGGACAGAGGAACAUGAACUACUACCUCUCUGGAACGAGCAAGACAUUGUGUGUGUAUGUAUGUGUGUGUGUACAGGUUUAUGUGGUUUAUGAGGACACAACAUUGUUUAAUGACAAGAGUAUGACCUAGAACACUGUAAAAAGCAAUUAGCUGACUUGACUUGAAUAAAGUGAGUAAACUAGUUGCCUUGUAAUUAUUAAGUAAACAAAAAAUGCAUAAUUAUAAAAGCUAGGCUAAGUCAUUGGGCUGGUAACCAAUAAAGUUGGUUUACGGGGACAUGACUUGUGUCCUUGUAAUUCAGAACACUUAAAAAACAUACUUAACAGUGUCUAUUGACAUUUAAGUUUGGGCUAGGGGUAGGAUAAGGCGAUAUAAUAAGCCACUUUUACAGUAUAAAUUACAUUAUACCUAUGGAAAGUCCUCAUAAACCAUAUUUACAAGUGUGCGUGUGUGUGUCUGUCAGUCUUCAGGCUGAUACUGGACGACUCUAUGCACUGUGUUACCGACUCAAAACCAUCCCUAUCCCUUAUUUAAUUUAUUAACAUGAUGAGUUCAACGUUUUACUUCAUUUCAAGCUAAUUACGACUAAUUUAAACGAGAGGUCAUCUUGCUGAAGGACCAUAUAGGUCAACGGUGUGAAUGACGCAAGGAUUGUUUACUGUUUCGAACAGAUGCGUGUGUCCGCUUUGCUCGAUUUGCUGAUUUUCAAUGGAAUAUGCACAUCGGAAGGGCUUGGUUUUACACUAAUGCAUGACUGUGCUCCUUCCUGAAACCCUCACCAUUACAGAAAAGAUUGUAUGACUGCCCCCUGGUGGCCAGGAGAGGUAAAACCAGAAAAAAAAGAUGAGCCCUUUUCAUAGACUUUCAAUUAUAGAAAAUAAUUGAAUAAUCUGCAAAUCAAUAAUCGUAAUCAAUCUUAAAAUGUUUUCUUGUUUUGGAAAGUCACAAAGUUUUUUUAUAGGGGUGACCACACAUCACAUUUUUCCUGGGACAGUCCUGUAUUUCAGCUUUGAUUUUUAGAGUCCUGACUUAUUAAUAAAAAAUAAUACAUGUUAUGUCCUUAAAUUUGAUCGUAGUGUAGGAGUGUGUGUGUGAAUAUGUGAGUGUAUGGGUGUUUCCCAAUACUGGGUUGCAGCUGGAAGGGCUGUGUAAAACAUAUCCUGGAAUAGUUGGCGGCUCGUUCCGCUGUGGUGACCCCUGAUAAAUCAGGGGCUAAGCCGAAGGAAAAUGAAUGAAUGUUCUGUCCUGUAACUACCUGUAAUUAAUCAAUGGUAGCCAGUCAUGUCAUAUACUUGCACAAAAGUGAUUUACUAUAGUUAUUGCAAGGUAAAAACAUGAACGAACAUUAAAGGUAUGCUGAAGGAAACGGUGUACAUUGUAAAAAGCAAACUUAAAAAUUAUUUCACCCGUUGCCUUAAAAGUAAUUACAAAUUAAAUAAUGCCUAAUUAAAUGUGCAUUAUUAUAAAAAUUUAGUUGAUUUUUACUUAACAAUUACAAUGUUUACUCUUUGCAAAGUAAAAUAACUUCCUGAAAUGAAUCAUAGCCAAAAAAAAAAAAA